AUGCUUGCAGCUCCUGAAAACAAAACUACUAUUCUUACAGAGCUGAUCUUGCUUUUCAUCGGCAUGAGACGGUUUGAAGAAGCACUGGAAGAGCUAGAGUACCUCCCAUCUCAUCCUUAUCAAGAUGACCCAGUUCUCCACAUGUAUGCUGGAGCCCUUCAGCUUUAUCUGGCUCAAACCUUGGCCAAGGAAGCCGGAGGUGCUGUUUCAUCCUCAGAUAGUGAAGUGACCCCUUCGUUCGACAUGUUUGAUCCCGUACGAAUCCGAACAGCUCAAUCUCAUUUCCUCCGAGCAUCGGUAAUAGACCCCGGAAAUCCAGCAGCAAAGUAUUAUUUGACGCUGCUGCAGACGCUGGAAGAUGAUGAAAAAGGACUGAUUGACCAAGAUGAGGACGAUACAAUCAGUGCAGAAGACGUAGCUCAUCAAAACUCGCCGCCGAGAAAACCCCCGCCUGGCGAUAUGUUUCCGACGCCUUGUGGGGUCAAAAAAGGUGCCAAGAACAACCUGUUGACUCUGGUUGACAUCUGCGCUUAUUCCUUUGAAGAGCUACUUUCAAACGACUCAAGGGAUUGUACCGUAGACACAGAUAUCCUUUUCGAUAAUACAUAUGACCUCCUCGCUAGCGUGUCUGAACUCGGAGUCGGAGCCAGUCAUGGCUUGAACUCUGCCAUGUCUUUGGAUACUGCAAGUGCUCUUCAGCUGCUCGAUGCUGAAACGCGUUCUAAACUUCGUUCAACUCAAAUCUUGACUUCACUUAGUCAGAUCAUCUCAGAACUCGUCCAGAAUGCGCUAGAUGCAGAUGCAACAGAGAUCCACGCCGCAAUCAACGUUGCAGAGUGGGAAUGUCGGGUCCAGGAUAAUGGAGUAGGAAUUUCCAAAGAUGGAAUGAAAAUUCUCGCUGGAGGCUCGUCGACUGGACGUUAUGCCUCGUCAAAGGCGUAUUCUAUAAACUCGUUGAAUAAUGUCUCAACAUUUGGCUUUCGUGGCGAAGCGCUUGCGUCUGCCGCCGACGUUUGUUAUUUGGAGAUAUCAUCUCGUACCAAGACUCUCAAGGACACGUGGUCUGUCAUUCUCAAGGGGGGCAAACAACUUUACUACGGACCUGCCAUUCAUUGGAAGAGAAUUUCUCAUGGCACGAUGGUUUGCAUCCGCGAUGCGUUCUACAAUCUACCUGUUCGAAGAAAAUCCCAUCCUUCACAAGCAAAGACUCUUGAAACCGUGAAGCAGGAUCUUCGAACCUUUGCUCUGUUGUUCCCACACGUCCAGUUUGUUCUGGAGGAUUUAUCGGAAACCUCUACAAAGCAGCAUCGUGGGAAGGUGAUCACUAUCCAGAAGUCGCCCUCCACACUCGACGCCUUUCGCGCAAUGUUUGGAAACUCUUUGGCAGCGAACGUGCACAUCGUGCAUGAAGGGGGCGAUGGCUGCAAAAUUGGCGGGUUCAUUGGAUUAGAAGGUACCGUGUCCAAGGCUUACCAAUAUCUUUUCCUAAAUAAACGACCCUUGGAGGAUUUAUGCGACGAGAGUCCUACAAAGCCGAACAUUCGCCGAUCGCCUCGCAAACUAGACAAGAGACCUAUUUACGUCCUUCAUAUCCAGACAUCGCAAAAGGCCGUCGAUGCUCUCUUGCAGCCUUCGAAGACUGUCAUGUAUCUCGCGAAUUUAAACGACAUAGAGAAUAUGCUGACUAGAGCCAUCAACACCUUUCUUCAAGAUAAUGGAUAUAUGACCAAAGCAGCGAAACACUCAGAGAACUUGGGGGAUCCAUCAUAUCCUGGUCGAAUAUCUCCAGAAACAUCAGAGGAAGAAUAUAUUGUACGAAAGGCACCAUCUUCCUUGACUCCGCUGCGCGCAGCGAGCGAUGUACUCCCAAAGGGAGACGAAAGACCCGGAGCUCGUGUGCACAUCAACAUGGAGACAGGGAGAACGAUUUUUUCAGAAGCACAUGAACUGUCUGGCUUAAGCAGAAUAGGCAUCAACCAACCUCGAUCUACUGGGAUUGACAGUCCGGUUCCGAGCUGGAUACAAGGCAUACUUGAGGAAUCUCGCCUCGAGACCUUUGGGCCAUCGGAAAGACGUGUUGUUGCUAUUGGUAAUCGGAACUUGUCCAAACAGGACCAUAAAAUGUCGAUCACCCUCACCAACGAAGACCUAGCGGCAGCAGAGGUGCUCGGGCAAGUGGAUUGCAAGUUUGUGGCCUGUAUCACAGCAAAAAAACCAGAGCUAGACUCAGUGCUCGUGCUCAUUGAUCAACAUGCCAUGGAUGAACGAAUUCGCGUCGAGAAGCUGCUUGCUGAAUUCUUCAGUGGAGCUGCGGAGCGCUCUCGAACAAAAUCGACUUCCCAAUUCGAGGUCCCGGUAUACCAGCUCGAUCCACCCACAAGAGUAUUGAUGACUCGGAACGAGAUGGCUCGCCUUGGACAGGAUUCUAUUCGGCAGGAACUGAGCAGAUGGGGAUUCGACUAUUUAGUCUUAGAGGGCCCCAGUGACGGAGACGAGGGUUAUGGACAAGUGGAAAUCGAACAAGUUCCCAAAAUAUUGAGAAGUCGACUGUCCCAAACGAGUGAGCUGGCGGACGUAAUGAAGAGCAUUCUAUCAGCACGCGAGACGCAAGAUACCGUCGAUUUGAGCGUAUCUGAGUCUCGGGGAGGCGAUAAAGAAGACGCGGAUUGGAGGUAUGGAACGCGGUAUUGCCCUCGCCCGUUGGUCGACUUGAUCAACUCUCAAGCGUGUAGAGGUGCAGUCAUGUUCAACGAUCCGCUAUCCUUGGAUCAAUGCAGCAUGUAG